CGAGACUCACCGCCACACUGUAAACAAACACGACAGUUUUCCUUUCGACGGAAAGACAGAAGUAUAAGAAAGUUAAACAGGCAGACAGUUGUACGACAUUGCGUUGCUCUUCGGAGGCACAAUCUGUGAGCUGCGUUUCGCGGCGCUCUUUGUCUUUAUUUGCAUUUCAUUUGCAUGUCUUUGAACGACGCUCUUUUUUCUCGAUUGCGUCGCUUCGAGUCGCUCUGCUGCGCGAUUUGCUCUUUUCUCCUCGUUUCAGACAUGGUGAAACAGUCCAAGGCCAAAACCUUCCAGGCAUAUCUGGACUCGUGCCAUCGCAGGUACAGCUGCGUGCACUGCCGUGCUCACCUGGCCAGCCAUGACGACCUCAUCUCCAAGUCUUUCCAGGGCAGUCAAGGACGCGCCUACCUGUUCAACUCUGUGGUUAACGUGGGCUGCGGACCGGCAGAGGAGCGGGUUCUGCUGACAGGUCUGCACGCCGUGGCGGACAUCUACUGCGAGAGUUGCCACACCACCCUGGGCUGGAAAUAUGAACAGGCAUAUGAGCAGAGUCAGAAGUACAAGGAAGGCAAGUUCAUCAUCGAGCUCUCCCACAUGAUCAAAGACAACGGCUGGGACUAAAGUCGGCACUCUGAGAAACCACCUCCACCCAGCUGCAUGUAAAUAACUCAGUCCAGGACAGAAUGUGAAAAAAACAGGUUUGGUUUGAAGUAUCCUGUUGAAAUUAAUAUCCCAAAGUUUCAUGUGGGAACACGUGGAAUACGCCGGAAUGACGCUUCUGCUGUUGUGUAGCCUUGCUGCCAGUAAAAAUUUAACAUCCAGCUCCACCUUUCAGUUAAUUCCCAGAGUCCCAUGUUGCUCGGGACAUUUCUAAUUAAACCGCUGGUCGCAUUUAAUUCAGUGCCUGUCGGUGCUUACAUCCACAAUUUCAUUCUUUUGUCAUAGCUUUUUGUAUGUUUAAUUAAUUUUAUUUUUGUUCAGUGGAUGUGUGAAAUAACUGUAUUUUGCAACUAAAGGCACACAUAGUGACAAAAUUAGAUGACUUGCAGUAUGAACAUGAAAAUAGUUUGGUUAUGGAGAAUGCGGAGCUACAAAUGAAAGUUUGUUCAGGGCAGAGAAACACGUUUCUCCGACUGUCACUCAGCUGGCAAGAAAAAGUGCUGCUGUGCUCACUAACCCGUGGGAUGAUUUCUGUGCUGUAAUGUGUGUGUAUAUAUGUAAAAUAUGAAAAUAUUGUGUACAGAAUACAUGUCCAAGAAUGUAUAAGAGUUUGAGCCUCAAACAUUACUGUCAUGAAUUAAUAUCUACAAUAAUUAUGUAAUUAAGAUUUUUUUUUUCCCCUGAUCAUGUCUGAAAUGAAACUUGUUAAACAUGGCUCAGUUUGUGAAGAAUGCAAAAAUUGGCACUAUUUAUGAGCAGUAAGAUAUACUGUCAAUGCAGCUUCUACACGAUGUGUUUCGUUCAGGCUCAACUAUUAAAUUAUGAUCAGUUCUUAAAAUAACUCUCUUCUCAUUUUUGUAAACC